AUGUUUUAUUCGGAGGCUAUUUUGUCAAAAAAGGGCCCAUUGGCGAAAGUGUGGCUAGCUGCGCACUGGGAACGAAAACUGAGUAAAGCACAAUUUUUACAGACAAAUAUACAGACUUCUGUGGGCGCUAUUCUCGGUGGAGACCAACCACCAAUGGCACUACGAUUAUCAGGACAAUUGUUACUGGGAGUUGUUCGCAUAUAUUCAAGAAAAGCGAAAUAUCUGCUUGAUGACUGCAACGAAGCUUUACAUAAAAUUAAAAUGGCAUUUAGACCAGGUGAAGUUGAUUUAGUUGAAGAACAACGAAUAGCAAAUUUUGAAUCUAUUACAUUACCUGAUAAUAUUACGGAGUUUGAUAUAUUAUUACCGGAUCCCAGCCUUAAUAUGAAACAGUGGUCCGAUAUAACACCGGUUGCAACUACUAGUUCAUCAAACAUCUCCAGACCCCAAGACAUUACCAUAAGAGAUAAUUUUGAUGUUUCUUUAACUUCAAAUAUUGGAGAUGAUUUACUAGGUGAUGCUUUCGACACAGAAGAUGGACGAGGUCUAGAUCUUGAUUUGGACGAUGAGCUCGAUCCGAAGACGCUUGGUCACGAUACCAGAUCCGAAAGUAACGAUGGUUCUGCUGAAAUUGAAAUUGCGAGAGAUGCACAACCUGAGCUGUCGAUGACAAUAGAAGAUGUAAUUGGUGGCAGUAGCAAAAAUGCCAUCGAAGAUGAUCCAUUGAUGAUAGCAGAUGAUGGACCUGAGCUAAAUUUGAUGGAUGAUAAUUUAUUGGAUGAUAAUCUUUUAGAGGACACAGUAGAUAUGCCAACUUUGGAUAUCGGUAGACCAUCAUCAGAAGGUCUUGAAACAGGACCACUAGAAAUGGAUGUUGAUCUUGACGCAACUAUAGAGACAACCAUUAAUACAGAAACUGAUAAACCGACCAUUACAAUCACGGAUGAAUUUCAAAAUCAAGAAGACGGAACGGUUGAAGAGACUAUGAGGUUCACUCCAUUGUCCCCACGAAGUCCUGAACAAGAAGUUCCAGAGCUAUUUCAAGAUGAAAUUAUUCAACCUGUAACACCAAACCGCAGAAAACGUAAAUUGAUCGUAGAUGAAGUAACAGAAUUACCAAAUAGGCAUAUCGCAGACCAAAUUAGAGAUACUUCCGAUAUUUUGAUUACGCCAUCUUUUCUUCAAGCAUCACGCAAUUUACUACGAAUUGGAGAGAUUAGACAAACGGGUGCUUCUUAUUACCUUGAUUUAAAUGUUCCGCAUAAUCUUAUGCCGCAAUUUCAUCAUCUUUUUGCUCGAAAACGUCUGAGAAUGACACCAUCACCGCCCCCUGAUGAUUAUAAUCAAGAAGAGGCCGUUCAAGCUGGGCCAUCCCGAGUUGAUAACCCAAUACACGAGGCACUUAAUGAACAUGAAAACACUAAUACAUAUGACGAUUUAGAUUUUCAAAAUACAUAUAAUAGCCCAAUUCCUGAUCAAGAAUCAACAAAAGGUUCUGUCAUAGAAGAAAUAGAGAAGGAUAAAGGUCGAGAAAAGACUCACAAAAAAACCGAUAAAGAAAGUGUUGUCGAGCAAAGCCUGGUCACACCAGUAGAAUCAACAUCAGAACAUGAUGAUGCUGAAAAUAAUUUCGACACGAUAUCUCAUGAAAAUGAUAAUGCACUAGAUGUUACUAGUCCCAUUGACGAUGGAGAAUCAUCACACAGUCAUGAUAUAACUAUCUUUGAUCAAGACGAACCGCAAGAUCAGCAAACUACAGGAAAUGAAUCUGGAUACAGCAAGAAUACGGUUAAAGCAAUGCGACUUUUGAGAGAUAAAUGUCGUGGAGAAGUAAGUGAUCGUCCUAAUGGAAAGUCAAAAAGUCCGGCGCAGGUGGUUGUCAGCUACGAAUCAGUCGUUGGCACGGCUAAACGACGAGAUGCUGUUAAGUUGUUCUUUGAAUUAUUAGUUUUAAAUACUAAAGAUGUUAUUCACGUGAAACAAGAUAAACCAUACAGUGAUAUAGAAAUUUUAUGCAAAGACAAAUUAUUUGAUCUACUAGAUGAAGGUGUCGUUUAA